AUGAACAUUCUCAAGUCUGUAAUCCUAAGGGGAUGGCCUGAAAAUAAGAAAGAAUUACCUGAAUCACUUGCUCAAUACUGCUCUGCUAGAGAUGAAUUCACUGUGCACGAUGGUCUCGUGUUCAAAGGAGAACGCAUUGUUGUACCUGUAAACAUGAGAACACAAGUCAAAUCUCUCCUCCAUUCAUCUCAUCUCGGGAAAGAAAGUAUGCUAAGAAGAGCUCGAGAGUAUGUGUAUAGGCCUGGCAUGACCGACCAGAUCAAGCAGAUCACAGAAUCUUGUGAAGCCUGUCAGACAUAUAGUAGAGCUCAACAGAAGGAAUCUCUGAUGAGUAUUGAAGCCAACUAUCCGUGGGAGAUAGUAGUGACAGAUCUGUUCACGUUUGAGGAUCAUGAAUACCUUCUUACUAUUGACUACUUCAGUGGAUUCUGGGAAGUUGAUUAUCUUCCAAAAACUACCUCCUUAGCUGUGAUUAAGACACUGAAAAUACACUUCUCAAGAUAUGGCAUUCCAAACCAGCUCAUCUCUGAGAGUGGUCCACAGUUCGUGAGCAAAGAGUUCUCAUCAUUCACAAAAGUAUGGGACAUUGUACAUUGUACCAGUUCUCCUAGACAUCCAAACGCCAACGGCAAAGCAGAAUCUGGUGUGAAAGCAGCCAAAACAAUGAUGAGCAAGUGCAAGAGUUCGAAGAUGGAUCCCUAUCUCUGUUUGCUCGAACUUUAG